AUGGAACAGGUACAUUAUCCUAAUAGUUGGCAAUUUAGGCGUAGUGUUAAAAGGGUUUAUUGGAAUUCUAGUAUGGCAUCCUCAGUUCCUGAAACUAAAAAUCAGAAGACUAUUGAACGUGAAGGAAAAAAACGCCAAAGGCGAUGGAUGAAAAUUGAGGCUAAAUUAUAUGCAACAAUUUCACAUUAUAAGGCUAGUAAUGUUGAUUUAUACGUAAAUGAAUUUCAAGAUGCCGUUAAUAAAAUUAUUGACGAAAAGAAACAUGAAAAUGUUUGUAGUAUAAUAAAAUUAAUGGAACAAAAAUUUGGUCCUAUACCUAAACCAAAACCUUUUAAAGAAGAAAUUGUUGAGACAACAAUUUGUGAGGCAAAGAAAAUUAAUUCUAGAAUAUCUUUACCACCAUUUUGUGUUUCAAAUUUUAAUCUAGCUCAAAUUUUUUUAUCUAGAUGUAUAGUAGAUUAUCUAAAACCAAGAUGGCUAAGAACAUCUAGUAGAAAGAUGAAUAGUCAACACUUAAUAAUGAAAAUAAAAUUAUCUGAAGAUCAAUAUGAUAAUACUCCAACACUUCUUCCUAAUAUUCAUUCAUUUUUUCAAACAUCAAUGUACAAAAUAAGACAAGAAUCUAUGGAUGAAAUAGAUUUUUGGAAGCCAUUUUAUAAAGUUAAUAAAUAUAAUAUUAACGAUACUCACUCAGAUUUUCCAAAAUAUCCUGAUGAAAUUUUAUCAUUAACAGGAAAUGAUUUAAAACCUUAUCUAUUGCUUAAUGAUACUCAAAUGUUACAAUUAUCUUAUCCUUUACCUUAUCAUGUCAAUAGAAGUCAUUUUAUUCAAACAAGAAAAUUUUAUGAUAAAAUUACUUCUGAAUCACCAUACUUUACAAUUGAUUGUGAGAUGGUUAAUACUGAUCAAGGUCUUGGAAAAUUAGCUAGAUUUUCACUUUUAGAUCAGAAUGGUUCCAUUUUAAUGGAUACUCUUGUUAAACCAAAAGGUGUUGUUACUGAUUACCUCACUAAACAUAGUGGUAUUUAUCCUGGAAUGUUAAAUGAUAUUGAUGUAACAAUUGAGGAUGUUCAAGAGUAUUUAUGUAAAGUUUUACCACCUGAUGCUAUACUUGUUGGACAUACAUUAAAUUGUGAUUUAAAUGCUCUUGGAAUAUGUCAUCCAUAUAUUUCUGAUAUUUCAGCACUUUACAAUUAUGGUAGGAGAAUUGUUAAUAGAAUUAGUUUAAAAAAUUUGGUUGGUUCUUAUUUAAAUGUCUCCUGCCAGGAUGGUGGUGUUCAUUGUUCUGUGGAAGAUUCUAUUGUUACAAUGAAUCUUUAUAAACAAAAACUGAAGUAUGGUUUAGGAUAUGGAAAUUAUCAUUAUAGUACUAAAGAACAAACAAUUAAUUUUAAGAAACGCAAUGAAGAUAGUGAAUCAUCAUCAGAGGGUUCUGUUGAUAUACCAAUUAAAAGAGAAAAAGUUGAUGAUGAAAAUACCUAUGAUGGUAGUGAUGAUGAAAAUGAAGAAAAAGAAUUUAUUCCUAUUAAAAAAGAAAUUACAUGUAAUAGGUGUAAAAGAAUUGUUACUGUACCAUGUCUCAUUCCAGAUUGUCCAUGUUUUGAGAAUACCCAAAAUAAUUGUAUUAAAUGCUUCAAUGAAACUCAUGAACCUCCAGAGAACAAAGAUGAAAAUCCAAUUGAAUGGAAAAGACCAUUUCAAGGAGAUAAAUUAAUCUCUUCUUCAGAUACAGUUUGUUUAUCAGAAUAUCUUGAUGGAAAAUCAAAUAUAAAACAUGGACAUCAUGUACUUUUUGCUGGUCGUGGAUUCUCCAAAUGGAUAGACAAAACAAAACACAUUAAUGUAAUUGAUAGAGGAAAUUACAAUAAUGAUGGUGAUUUUCUUAUGGAGAUUGGUACAACAAUUUGGCAAUACUCAUCAAUGGCUAUUUCUUUGGAUUUGGAAAAUGAAAAAGAAAAGGAAGCUUCUGAUCUAGUCAAUGCCGCAAUAAAGUCUAUCAUAAACGGGUUGUCCAUAAAUGGCUUAUUUGUUUGUGUCCUUGAAACAACUUCAAAAAAGUGUUUAUAUUUAAAAAGUAAAAUAAGGAAAAAUUUUAAUAAGUGA